AUUUAAUAAAUAAAAAGAAAAAGUAAAUAUAAUGCCUAAAAAUACAUUAAUGAAAACGUGUAUAAUAUGUGGCGAUAAGGCAACGGGCUAUAAUUUUAAUGCACCCACAUGCGAGUCAUGCAAAGCAUUUUUCAGGAGAAAUGCGCUCAAGGAUAUGUGGUUAUUGUCGACUUAAGAAGUGUUUUGAUUGUGGACUGGAUCUGGAAUGAAGAGGCGAAGGAAUGCCGGCGAAUGAAGAUUCAAAUCAAUAGAUAUAGACGUCUAUUAGUGCAACAAAACCAACUCAAUGAGAGCGUGUCGUCGACCACCCGUUCCCACGAUUCUUCGCCCGAGCCUAUGACCAGCCUAUUGGACAUUAGGCAUCCCGUCCCUCAAUCCACGAACAUAUCAUUCAUACUAACAGACUGGAUCUGGAAUGAAGAGGCGAAGGAAUGCCGGCGAAUGAAGAUUCAAAUCAAUAGAUAUAGACGUCUAUUAGUGCAACAAAAACAGCUCAAUAAGAGGGUGUCGUCGACCACCCUUUCCCACGAUUCUUCGCCCGAACCUAUGACCAGCCCAGUGGACAUCAGGCAUGCCGUCCCUCAAUCCACGAACAUAUCAUUCAUACUAACAGUGAUGGCAAACAACAACAACAAUCAUAAUGUCUUAACCGAUGGGCUAACAAAUUCAGACACAAAUAUGUUUCCCAUUUGUGACACAAUAUACCAAAAGGCGGUUCAAAUGGAAAUGGCUGUCCUUCCCAUCGCCAGACCUACUCUCGACUCUGACCAUACAUUUAGC